ACAGCUGUCUGUGGUUCGAGAAUGAUGGGUAUCAGAUUCUCUGCUCUCCUCGUCGCGUUCCUCGCUUCCAUCCCGUACCUCCUCGACCUAGCCACGCGCCGAGAAUACCCAGUCCCACCUCCAGAAGGGGCCGUUGUGGUCACAGGCGCCUCAACUGGCAUUGGUGCACAUGCUGCCCAUAGCCUAGCUCGAGCAGGCUUCCUUGUUUUUGCCGGUGUUCGGAAGGAACUAGACGGAGAGACCUUGAAGGCCGAGGCCCCGACGCUAGAAUCUCAGGAAAAUAUAGUACCCAUCAUCCUCGAUGUGACGAAGCAAGAGCAGAUUGAUAAAGCUGUGCAAACUGUCAGCAGUACAUUGGACUCUUUGGGAGGAAGGCCUCUUGUGGGGCUGGUGAACAACGCCGGCGUGGGCGGGUCAAACAAGCCUGUCGAGUUUCAGAGCAUGGAUGACUUGCGCUGGCUUUUUGACGUGAAUUUUUUUGGUGCCAUCGCCACCACCAAGGCAUUUUUAGCCCUCCUCCGUGCCAGUAAAGGGAGGGUCAUCAACAUCAGCAGCCUGGCCGGUCUGACUGUGGCGCCCUUCAUGACAGACUACUGUGCGAGCAAGUGGGCGUUAGAGGCGUUUUCCGACGCCCUGCGCGUUGAAAUGGGGGAGCUUGGAGUCUCGGUGUCAGUGGUCGAGCCAGCCUAUGUCACAAGCGCAAUUUUUGGCAAAAUAGCCACCAGGGUGAAAGAAACCGCGGACUCCGUGUCCGAAAAGGUGAUGGAAGUGUACGGCCAUCUCGUACAGAAUCCCACGUACACGCGACGGUGCAUCGAGAAGGCGAGUCCCCCCACCGUGACGAGUGACGCCAUCCUCCACGCCCUGACCGCCAAGCACCCACAGACCCGCUACGUGGUUGCCAACGUAGACGGCCUGUCCGCGAAAGUCAUCGGGUGGAUGAUAUGGAUGUUCAACGACCGAAUCAAGGACAAGCUCAUCGAGAUUUCCCGGCUCAGACAGCGCAAGGCACAGUAAAUGCCAGAGACGAUAGUUUUCUUUUCAACAGCUGGAUUGGGGAAGGGGUAUCCAUGGGUGUCGGGGUCGGAAGCAUGGGGGGCCAGCCGGGUGCAGCAAGAAUGAUAUCAAGGGAAAGAAGAGGGGGCACGGGCCACGAGUCCUCCUCGUCUGCCCGCAGGACGGAUCGAUCGUUGGAGAGAAAGCAAAGGGUUUUGGAUACAGAGCAUCAAAUCAAUAGCGGGGCUUGGCUGAGUGGACGAAGGCGUCAGGAAGCGCCUACACGAGCGUUGCCUGGGUCUUUGGUAGGACCAGUGGCAAAGGAGGGUAGGACAAAAUUUCGAAAAGAAUGCGAUGAAAUGAAAAAAGGACGCCGCCACACUCGAGCGUACAA